CGAACAUGGCAUUUCCCGCAUGGGGCUCGCUCGGGCAGGGCCAUACGCAACGGCGGCGGUAUGCCGUCCCCCUGGUAAGGCGAUGCCGGCUGCCAGGCGGAUCUGACUUGCCUCCAAAUGGCCUCGGGCAGGGAAGCAGCCGUGCAGCCUCCGGCCGAACUCAGUGGAGACUCAGUAGAAAGCAUGAGGAAGAUUUUCAUCGGUCACCCCGAGAGCAGCGAGGAUGGUGACCGAGGCGGGCGAAGGGAGCAGCCGGAGGGGCUGGCGAGGGGCUCCCCGGGAGCUCUCCUCUCCCUCGGGAACUCGGAGGAGGCGCGAGUGGUCGAGAGCGCGUUGCCCUCCGGCCCUUCGCCUCCUAAGAGGGCGCCUCUCCGAGAGCACCGCCGAGAUGCUCAGAGGCUAGUCUUACACUAUAUAGUGCCUUGCAUGAACGCCUAUGGCUUGUGCGUGGUAGACCACUUCCUGGGAUCCCGGAUAGCCGAGAAAAUCUUCCAAGAAGUCCUGGCUUUGCACCUGAGUGACAAAUUCCAGGACGGAGCCCUGGCGAGUCAGAAACUGGGCAGCAACAAAGCCAUCCGCGGGGACAAGAUCUUGUGGGUAGAGGGCAGUGAACCAGGAUGUGAGAACAUAGGCUACCUCCUGAAAAAAAUGGAUAAGCUCAUCAUGUACGCAGAUGGGAAGCUGGGGCAUUACAAAAUUAGAGGAAGACACAAGGCUAUGGUAGCUUGCUAUCCUGGGAAUGGAACUGGCUAUGUGCGUCAUGUGGACAAUCCCAAUGGAGAUGGGCGCUGUAUCACCUGCAUUUAUUACCUGAACAAGAACUGGGAUUCAAAGCUGCAUGGGGGGAUUCUACGAAUAUUCCCAGAGGGCAAGUCCUAUGUAGCUGAUGUUGAGCCCAUCUUUGACAGAUUACUUUUUUUCUGGUCAGACCGAAGAAACCCACAUGAAGUGCAGCCUUCCUAUGCAACAAGAUAUGCCAUGACUGUGUGGUAUUUCGAUGCUGAAGAAAGAGCAGAAGCCAAAAAGAAAUUCAGGAAUUUAGUUGAUGCAGGAAAGACAGAAGCCGUUCUCAGUGAAGACUGAAUAGCGAUUGACCGGAUACAAUUUUUGUGUAGUGAUGAUUUUUGGACUAUCUGCAAGCAAUAAGAUCCAAAGAUUACAUGGCCUGUUUCUGAUGAUUAUUGGAUACUCUUCAAUGCACUAUUUUUGGCACUGUCUAAUAUUUGCAUAUUACAGUGAUGGUACUCAUGGCGGCUUCCAAUCUCUUCUCUUUGGCAUAAGCACCACUCUGUUCUUCUUGCCUUUUAAUUGAAGAAUACCACGAGAAUGAAGAAUAUUACCAAAUCUCGUAUGAUAUCAAGAUGAAGUUGGCAAUACUAGUAAUAAAAAUAUUAAACAUUUGAAAUAGUUGGAGAAACCUGAGUCUUAUUUGCACUUUAGUUACAUUUUCUGGUUCAGUGGGAAGGAACUUUACGAAGGAUCCUCUAUGGCAGACUGCAGAUGAGCAACACAAGCAAGCUGAGAUGCAAACCAGAACUGCAUGUUUGUCAGGAGCCAAAUUCAUCAUGUCAGUGCAAAGCUUUUGUUGGGGUGCCUCACCAUUUUGCUUACAGACUGUUGGCUUCACUGGCCUGUAUCUUUAAUUGCUGAAUUGAAGCCUCCCACUUGCCAUAAAAUUGCCUGGAUUUUAUCCACAUUGCUAAAGCCAAGCAACAGCAGUUCCAUCACUUUGCCUUUUAGAGUCCCCAAACAGAGGUGGUAGCAGUUAUGCAGCUACCCAUGAUGUUUUUUAAAAAUACUUCCUUUGUGGGAUAGCUCUGGGAAUGAUUUUCAUCAUCUUUCAAUACUUCAUUUUGUGAAACAGCCAGCCAGCCUCACCAGCUCCUGCCCAUUGCAAACUUUUGGGAAAUAUUGAUGGCAGGCUAAGAGCAAGUAUGCCAAGAAAUCAUCUAAUCAAACUUGAUUUUCAUUUAAAUAUUUUUUUAAAUUGAUCUUCCACUAGUCACACUUCGUAUGUGACAAAAGUUGAACUCCAGCAAUUGAGCAUAUUGUUGUUAAGACUGGCUUGAUGGAUAACUAGCCGAUGAAGAGACAUGGAAAGCCAUGUUCAGCUGGCUCAUAUCUGUUAUAAAUAGUACAGUUCUACUUUGGAAGCAUUUGCAGUGGCCACUGAAAAUGGCAUGGAUACAUGCAUUAGGUUGUAGUGUAAAUUUUGGAUCUGUUAUAAAUGGGGCUAGGAUUGUACAACUGUAUCUCAGACCUAAUCACUGUUGUUUUGGAACCCGUAAGAAAGUGUGCUUUGAACUGCAGACUUACAACUCAGUUUUAAGAUUUGAUAUGCCAGCAAAAUAAAUAAAUAA